UCUUUUGCACGUGAAUGAACAGAAUAAGCUUUAGCUUCUUCCCACAAGCAUGUCUUUGAACUUCUGGUACCAUCUCUUACUCAACAAAGAGUAAAACUCUCUCUCAAAUCCUGUAUCUGCCAAUACAUCAGAAAUCGGAGGAAAGCAAAUGAAAACUGAUUCAAGAAACAAAUCAUCCAUUACCACUGUUUUAGAAGAUGAAGGCUCAUCCACAGCACUAGUUGUUGAAGCUGAACAUGCUGUACCUCUCAAUGUUGUUGUGGAUGCACCCAUUGUGUCAUCUUACAAUGAUAAAAUUCGUCCUCUGCUUGAUGCGGUUGACAAGCUCCGUAGCCUCGAGGUUAUGGAGGAAGGCAUUCAGCUCCCGACAAUUGUUGUUGUUGGAGACCAGUCAUCUGGUAAAUCUAGCGUUCUUGAAUCCCUUGCUGGAAUCAGCCUGCCACGUGGACAAGGCAUCUGCACAAGGGUUCCUCUCAUAAUGAGGCUUCAGCACCACUCUGAUCCUGAACCAGAGCUUUCACUAGAGUACAAUGGCAGAGUUGAGCACACUGAUGAGGACAACAUUUCUGAGGACAUUGUGAAUGCCACCAAUCUGAUUGCUGGGGACAGUAAGGGAAUUUCAGACGCCCCAUUGACCUUGUUGGUGAAGAAGAAUGGUGUGCCUGAUUUGACCAUGGUUGACCUCCCUGGAAUCACUAGGGUUCCAGUUCGUGGCCAGCCUGAGAAUAUCUAUGAUCAAAUCAAAGAUAUAAUCAUGAAGUAUAUAAAGCCCGAAGAGAGCAUCAUUUUGAAUGUGUUAUCUGCUUCUGCUGAUUUUAGCACAUGUGAGUCAAUUAGUAUGUCGCGGAGUGUGGAUAAAACUGGUGAGAGGACUCUGGCUGUGGUUACAAAGGUGGACAUGGCACCAGAAGGACUAAUAGAGAAGGUUACAGAUGAUGAUGUGUACAUUGGUCUUGGCUAUGUCUGCGUAAGGAACCGGAUUCGAGAUGAAACGUACGAGGAGGCAAGGGCUAUUUCGGAUCAAUUAUUUAAUACUCAUCCUCUUCUUUCACAGAUCCAUAAAUCUAUGGUUGGAAUUCAGGUUUUGGCUGAAAAGUUGGCCCAAAUUCAAGCUACUAGCAUAGCUAGAAACUUGCCUAGUAUUGUCAAGAAGAUCAAUGACAAGCUGAGUGCUUAUCUUUCUGAGCUCAACGAAAUGCCAAAAAGUCUGUCAUCUGUUGCUGAGGCGAUGACCGCAUUUAUGCAAAUCAUCGGAGCAUCCAAAGAAUCACUUAAGAAAAUUCUUGUCAGGGGAGAAUUUGAUGAGUUCCCGGAUGAUCAACGCAUGCAUUGCAAGGCUAGGCUGGUUGAGAUGCUCAAUCAGUACUCAGAUCAACUUCACAAGUGCAAGGAGAAUGACCCCAAAAAUAACUUCUUACUGGAGGAGAUAAAGAUUUUGGAGGAGGCAAAAGGUAUCAAUCUUCCCAAUUUUGUUCCCCGCAAUGCUUUUCUUGUACUUUUGCAGGGAAAAGUGAGGGUUAUUUCGAGCAUACCUAUUGAGUUUGUUGAGAAGGUUUGGAGUUAUGUUGGGGAUGUGGUUAUUUCUGUGUUAGUGAAAAAUACACACGACUAUUAUCAUCUUCAUGUGGCUACCAAGAGAGCUGCCCAUAAUCUUAUUGAAAAGGUGAAAGAAAAGUCACUCAACUGGAUCUUGGAGAUUGUAGAAAUGGAGAAGCUGACAGAUUAUACAUGUCAUCCUGAAUAUGUAUCUGAUUGGAAUAGUCUCAUGACCAAGCAGAAAGAAUUCAUAGGUAAGGUCUUGAAUGAUCAGAAACGACCCUCCAAGAUGAUCAUAGAUGGUAUUGGGGAGAUUGAAAUUGAAGGCCUAAGGAAGUACACUCAUGUUGAUUUAUCUCUGGCUUUUGACUUGAAAAUGCGGAUGACUGCUUAUUGGAAGGUUGUUCUGAGAAGGUUGGUUGAUUGCAUGGCCUUGCAUUUGCAACUCACUGUUGCAAACCUUGUGAACAAAGACAUGGAAAUGGAGAUUGUUUGUGAGUUAAUGGGACCAAAUCAUGGCCGUGGUAUUGAGAGGAUGCUCGAGGAAGCUCCAUCAAUUGCGGUCAAGCGCGAGAAGCUCAACAAGAGCAUCAAAAAGCUCAAGGAUUCUAAGGAGGUGGUUGGUAAGAUCAUGGAUACUUAUGCUGGUUAACUUGUGGGAUAGCUAUAAUGAUCAAUGUUCUGUUAAUUUCUAGUUAUUAGGUAUGUAGUUAAAUGAUGGCCACUUUCUACUUACAGCAGACAUUUUGUUAGUCCUGUGUGGAUGAUCUGUUUCUGCUUAAUUAAGGGCACAUUUUGUUUAUCAUGUACCUGGUAUCCUGUGUGUAACA